GACUCCUUACUUUCAAUCGUCUGAUCGAAUUAAGAAUUGAAGCUGACACAUACAGCCUCGUUUUCAAACGCGAAAAACGCAGGUUGACGCUUAAAGCGUCGUAUUGGGAUCCUUCUACAGGUGAAUACGUCACGCACACAAUUAUGUGUGUAACAGGGAUUAGCGCCAGAACCAGCGCCAGCACUAACACGUGCACCCACUCCGUUCUUCUUCACUCCUGGUUCAAAAUGACGUCACGCUGUGGUACUCUAUAAUGAUUUUCACGUGAUGUAACAAGACGGGCAAAGGCAUUCCAGGAAGCUUAUUUUUGUCCGUGGAGGCGCGUGCAUUUUCGAAUCUGUGUAUUUCUUUUGGCAAUUGCAUCAACGCCAGAAUGUUGAGAGACUUGCGUUUCCCCGCACAUUCUGUGUAAAGUGAUCACUGACCGUCAAAAAUCAGUGACUGAAAAUCCUCUUCAGUGUUGUGACUUACAAACCUCACGUGAGUUCCAAGAUGAAAGUGUGCGUAACAUGCAUACGAGUUGUAGUUUAUAUGAAAGAGGUCCUUACCUUGUUGUUUUGUAUUCUGGUAGUUAAUCAUAUGGUUGUACGGUGGAAAUUUGUGGAUUGAAUUUGAUCUAUAGCCUCAUAACAUCUAUUGUCCAAAGGGCGGAUCCAAAACCAAAUUAUAUAGGAAGCCAAAUUUUCUGGUGAAGCAAAACUUCAGAUCUUUUUAUAUUAACUUUGUUGGCCUGUGGACAAUUGCAAUGGCUAGAUUUUAGGCAUUUUACACACUUGAGGGAGAACUGAAUUAGAGUACCUCUACUUUUUAUGUUUUCUUGGCUCCAUUUUGUUGGGGAGGCAUGACCACCGUUGCAUCCUUCUUUGACUGCCCUGCUACGAAUUUUUAAAUCUCAGGUAUUUUCUUUCAACCUCGGGUACCUUUUACUGUUAGCUUUUAGAAUCAAGAUUUUUAUAAUGUAAAACUUAAGGUUAAAACUUCAUGAUUCCGCGAGUGUCAGAAGUUGCUAUUUAUAAAUGCGUAACUCAUAAAGAUACAAAUGGUACUGGCUGAAACUGUACAAAUAUUGUCCAGGGUUUUAUUUUGACUUAUGUUUUUGAAUACAAUUGAACGCCUCCCAAAGUUUGCAACGCGUUGGUCAAUCACGAAGCCCUAGAUCUGUCAGCUCUCUCCAAACGCGAAUUGAAUUGACACAUUGAGAUUGGCCAACGCGUGGCAAACUCUUGGAAACGCACUAUUCUGAACCACCCGUAUUUGUUAGCUGGUCUUAAAACGGGAAGUGUUUGGCUCACAGUGUUGAACUUCAAAAGUGAAAAAUGCCAUCGGCAUGCUGGUCUGAGUUGCCGAUUUACAUGUACAAUAACGUUAAAUUCCAAUUAUGAAAAUAAAAUGUACCGACUGUAGCGAUGCAAAAUAAGUGGAUGAAGUUUGGAUAAUUUUAUGCGUCUGUGUCCAUAGCAAGUUCAGUUAACUGUCGGCAUGAUGUGGCUGCGGACUUUUAACACGGCGGCAAAGGGGCACAUUUACUCUACAGAAGUUCCCAGAAGUCCGACCGGGGGAAUCCGAAAAAUUAUAACAUUUAUACGCAGAAGCAGGCCAGAAGAACAAACAGUAUGGAUGACACAGUUAAGCUUGAUGUUGGCGGUUAUUCCUUUACCACGACUCGUGCUACCCUGACUCGCUACCCGGACUCGCUGCUGGGCGUCAUGUUUACCAGCAGUCAGGAUAUCCGCGCGCAUCCUAAUGAUGAUAACGAAGUUUACGUCAUCGACGGAGACGGGCCCAUCUUCCGCCACGUCCUGAAUUUCCUCAGGCGGGGUAAGUUGGCUCUCCCGGAGAACUUCAUGGAGUGGGACCUGCUGAUCUCUGAAGCGGACUUCUAUCAACUGAAAGAGUUGACGGACGCGGCGAGAGCGCUGAUGGCGGGGAAAGACAGCCUGGAGUUCCUGGAAAUCACCGUCCGUGGAAAUCACUUCAUUUACACUGGUACUCGCAAUACCCUGGAGCAGAUACCGCUUCUUUUGCAGUUUCUUGGCAGGCACGACAGUUUGAAAGACGGGUUUCCACUCAGGCGCAGUGAUAUCUUAAAUAAAGUCAGCGAGAAUGGUCGGUACGGUGUCUCGCUGGGAAAAGAGGGCUGCGACUGUCCAAAUAUUUCACAGACUCGCAUGGAAGUGUUCCGACAGAUGUCAAAACUGGGAUUCCAUUUGAAGGCGGCGCCUAGUGCAUCGUCUGAUCCGAAUAACAGCAUCCAGGAGUUGACAUGGACAUUUACCCGAAAGUCCCAUGGUAGAUGCUAGGAGAGCUGUUUCAACUUCAGACUUUGGAACCAAAAUGGCUAUUCAUAAUGUGUACAGUGUGCAUCGUGCAGCUGUUGUGUGCUAUUGUCUAUGUGCACUGACACAUAAUUAUGCACCAUUUUGGUUCCAACGAUUGAGACACUCAUGUCGCAACUCUCUCUAUAACAGCUUUGGAUACCAGUGAUAGUUUCUGAUGUAUAACUGCCUCAUUUGAUUCUCAACAUUAUAGAGUAAAAAAUUCCUCCUGUACUUCGAAUUUUGUUUAAACUGCUGCACAGUGUUCCGAUUGCGCCAAUUAACAAAUAACAGAAUUAUGCAAGAUGGAAAUAAUAAUCGAGCUCUUCAAAGUAAACCAUACAAGCAAAAUAUUUGCAUUUUGUAAACCAAAGAUGCGCUAGCUCAUGAAGUUAUAUUAAUUUGAUGGUCUAAUCCGAGAGUAACGUGAAUGAAGCCUGUCCCAUGUGACACGAGGGGGUUGGGGACAUGUCCAAUUCUCAUUUGGUGAUUUAUUUAUACAGUAACACUCAGACGUAGAUCGGUCAACAAUAAAAUGAGAUUAUGGCUUCGAAUAAGACCACUUAUACCCUGCAGUAUGGGAAAAAAUUAUUCGUCUUGGGAUAUAUAUAAAAAUGUAUACAUGUAUCGUCCUUUGUGCAUUUUCUUUAUACCAAUUUUAUACACCUGGUGACAAUGCUAACAAUGGUUUUGUUUAAUAAGCGUCACGACAGUAUAUUAACGUUGCUAUUGUGAUAUUCGUCUUUGAGAGAUGUUUACUACUUUGUUGGUAAUUUGGCAUGGUUUAUAAAGUAAUGCCAUGGAAAGCAAUUUCAACAAGAUAAAGUACAAAUCCUUUGUUUACUUAUUGAAACGAAAAAAAAUGAAUACAUGUACAUUCAAUCACUUAAGGUGAUUAAACCUGCGCCUCUAAUUUUAUCC